UUUAAUAGAAGGCUGUCCACGUGAAGAAGAAUAAAAUAUUGUUGAGAUUACAAGAGAGGAGCUAAAAUGUGAUUGACGGGCAUGGUCUUCAUAUGGAUCUGCUAUCAGUGUGGGGGCGUCGUCUUCUACCAACAAAACCACAACAGACUGUACCAAUUGCAUACAUUUGUAUUUUUACCAUUAAAAUGAUCAACAAAGUUCAAUGCUCGUACUAUAUGCGAAAACGAUGAGAAGAUAUGAAAAAAAAAUUAGUCAUUAAAAUCUCCCUGGUAAAGUGUCAUAUUACAAAUGCCAAUCAAACUUAGCCGAUGAUGUUUCAGACACAAUAUAUACGGCUCACCUAUGUAUAUCAUCAUAUCAUUUUUCAACGUUUUCUGACUUAGUUAUUCGCUAAUAAACCAGUAGAACCAAUUACAACAUCUAUCACUAGAAGUUCAAAAUUGACGCAAAGGCUAAUCUGAUGAUUAAUAUUUAUUAACAGUACUAAUAAGUUAUUUUCUGGCUGUUACAUAUUCGUGAGUGAGCCUGCAGUGUAUAAUUUAAAUUCAAGACUAAAAAAAACCCAAAAAAGUAACCUUAGAAACUACAAGCCCCCCGCCUAUUACAGCAAAUCUCUGAAAAUUGAUUACAUUUUAGUUGUUUAGUCAUUUGAGAGCUUUCAACGGAGUUUGAAGUCAGGCAAAUCAGAAGUUUCAGUUAUUUCGAGAAUUUAUUAUUGAACCUUCUAUUUGUUUUAUUUGAACGGUCCAACAACUUUCCUGAAAUUGGGAUUUGAGAAAAUCAAAAACUUUUGUUCUUGUUUCAACUUUCGAACCAUUCCCAGGAAUGAUUGAUGAUUUGGUUUGUUUUUGAUUUCAUGACUAAAUUAUGAGUAUAUGGACAGUUAAUGAUAAAUGACAUUUAUCUAGUCUGACAAAAUUACAAUUCCCUCGAACCCUAAAAAACUCGUUCAAUCAAUCAAAAAUACUAUUAAUGCUACUCUGACUAUCCCUCCCUUUUCCUUAACACCCCUAUCCCCCCUCCUCGCUUUGAUUCAAAGUCAGUAUACAAUUCCCAGUCACUCUUCCCUGUCUUUUAUUUCCUUUCUCCGUCCCAAAUCAAUCAUUCAGCCGUUGCCUGUCCAUUUUUGACAGUGAAUAGCCUAAUCUCCCAUUUUGUACCCUAAACUCCCACCCUCCCCUUAUAUAAUACCCAUAAUACCCAAUGAUGCGACGGAUACGGAUGCUUGCAUCAGCAACAAAUAAUACACAACAUACAUAUUACUAGGAUGCUUCUAGUUCCAUAAGCAUACCGUACAAGAAAAUUCUGCAGCCUAUUUUUUACCUAUAGGCGUCUUAGGUCAUCUAGUGUUUAAUCCGCCUUUCCCACCCUUCCUUAAUUUUUUCUCUUUCCCCUCCCUUUUUGCUCUGCUAUUCUAUUCCCCUGUCCUUUACCUGUCACUCAAUCAUUCAUUCAUUUUCCCCUCCCGUCAAUCCAAUAGCCAGUCCGCCACGCCACGCCACACUCCGGAUUUAUUACUAUCGCCACAAAUUCCAAAUUAAUAGACACACAAGUAGAAAAAAAAACUACCGACUUUGACCUAAAUCAGUCGUGUUUACUGAAAAAAAAAUUGUGUUUAAAUCAAUUCAAAAAUUUAUCCAUUUGUUUGUUCAUCUCUCGUGUUUUAAAAUCCGAUUGGAAAAUAAUCGAGAAAUUUGAAAUUAGCCUUUAAAUUUCGUAAUUUUACUCUGCGAUUUUUGUAGCUUUAGUUAGCUUUUACCACGCUUAUUGUUAAAAUAGUAUUAUUAUCAAUUGUUGUCGCUUGUUGGAAAUGUUCUCGCCGGCAGGAGCAGCGGCGCUUGCUUCCCUCGCCUCUUUCCCCCAGGUGUACGGGGGUAACUCGGGUGCAGUACUGAAACAGCAGAUUGACCAAUGUGUUGGUCAGAAAUCAAUAUUUUCUUAUCAAAAUCAGUUUCCAGGCUCAGCCAAACCCUCAAUGAUGUGUUCACCUAAUAUGGAACAGCCCCCCGCUCUCUCUCCAUUUUGGGGGGACGAAGAAAUUCUUCUGGCACUCAGUUUGAAGAAUGGAACCUUCCGUUGCAUUCAGUGUCGUCGCAAUGUCGAUUCGCACCUCAAUUCUGUGCGACCUAACUCUGCCCCUUUUUCUCCCCACAACAGCAUAUCAUGCGGAAACUGCCUGAAACUAAAGGCCUUCAACCCCCCUACCACCAACAACAAUUCAAUAGGGAAAGAACCAUUUGUGCCCAGUCAACAGCAUAAUCAGACACAGGCUGCUAAGCAAAAAGUUGCUGUCGAAUCAAUUUUAACCUCACAAUACGCGUCUGAAAAACAUCAACCCAGCAUAAAUGAUCAUCAUGUUGAUUUUUUGAACAACGCCUACUCGUUAUACAACUCGGCUAACUUCGUGAACCCGAAUUUGCUGGCGUUUUUGGGGAGUUAUCCGUCAUUGGCAGCGAGCAUGUUUAUGAACACGGCUAGACAUUCCCAACAUCUAUCUUUGGACCCUACAGAAAUCAACAAUCUCACGCCGCCCCUGUCUCAAGUGAAUAAUCUACAGAGCUCUGGUUUCAGUUCGCCCUUAGAUUUCACUCGCAAAGCGGCCUCAAACGACUUGGAACCGACAGCUGAAGCAAGCCGAGUCACGAAGAGUAACAUGUCGGGAUCCCAACAUCCACCGAUGCCAAAAUUGAUACCCGUAAAACAAGAAAAGGAGAAAUCAAAAUCAUUUCACUCGCCUAAUUUGCAUAAUAUAUCUUCGCUCAUAUCGCCCGCCUAUUCGGACCAUCAGGAAAACAAAAGUGACCCCGGCAGAAACGAUUCCUCCGAAAACAACAAAUGGCCCCUCAAAAUUGAAAUUGAGAUGCCGAACAAACAGAAGUUGAAAAACAAUCAGUUUUCAAUGAAAAAAGAAACAAAACUAGAUGAUGAUGAAAUCAGUGUAAACGAUAAUAGCCAAUCAAAAUCAAGCUCGAGUGACGAUGUAGAGUUCUCGUUAAAACGAGGAUCCGAAGAUGACGUAACGAUAGACGAUGAGUUUUCUGACCAAUCAGCGAAGCGCAGAAUGCUAGCCAAUCAGGUGAAAGUAUCCUCGUCCCCAAGUGAGAGCAGUGAGGGGUUGUCGCCUGCCCGGAGCCCAAGCAGUGUUCUUUCGUCACCCCUCGAUGCCGGAUCAGGGGGUUCAGCGAUGUCCUCGGGGGGCGGUGGGGGAAUAGUGGUGGAGGAGGUGGAGGUGACCACUGCCAGUGGGGCGAAGAGGGUGCGAAAAGUGUUCCACUGCAAUUUCCACCCCACCCAAUGCAACAAGACAUACACUAAGAGUUCACACCUCAAGGCACAUCUACGCACUCAUACAGGCGAGAAGCCCUAUGUAUGCUCAUGGGAUGGCUGCGAGUGGCGCUUCGCUCGUUCGGACGAACUCACACGACACAUGAGAAAGCAUACGGGUCAGAAGCCAUUCGAAUGCAACUACUGUAGCCGAGCAUUCUCUCGCUCCGAUCACUUGAAUUUACAUAUCAGAAGACAUUUCACAAGCAAUGCUCCAGGCGGGUCUAACUCAAACCCUACCUCGAACCCACCAACCAGAGUAAAUGGAAACUCUCCAAAAGAUACGACUAAUUUGUCAGAGUCAAAUAUAAUGAAUGAAAGUAACAUGACAUCAAACUCGAUGGAAAAUUACGCCACACUCGUUACCGAAUUGCAAAAUCAACCGACCGGAACUAUUAUGAGUGAGCAAAAUCAAAUCAGCAAAUUGUUCGGGACAAUACCUGUGAAUAACACUUCCCUACCUGUAAACAAAUUAUUCGACCUAAAAUCAACCAAUCAGGAGCUGUCGCUCAGCCCAACACUUGACGAGAUUUUGAAACAAGCUCGACAAAGGUUUGCGGCUGAAACUUCCGAGGGAGAUUCAGAUCGGAACUCUAAAUUGUCGGAAAGAAUGUCAGUCAUUCAGAGCCUAGCUGCUAUAAGUUCGCCUCAAAUCAAUUAAACUACUAAAUUACUUCUCAAACGUCCUUCAUUCAAAAUAUCAACUUAGAAUGUAAACCAUUUUGUUAAAUUUACGUAAUUACAC